UUCAGACGGUGCGAGUAAGCAUACGAGUCGGUCUAGUCAGUUACUGCAGUGGAGCUACUCACACCGUGUGAACACAUCAUGCCAGUUAGUGUCAUGUGUAAUCCGGCGUGCGAGCUACUUCAAAGUUUUUUGAAUUUACUUGCACUCGCAUCCCUCAAAACGUCAAAAACAGAAUUUAGCGUUCGAAUCAUGGAUGCCAAAUAUAAAGAAAUGUCUCUAUUUUUAAGAUAUUUGAAAAUAUGCGAAGAUAUUUAAAGACUUGAGAAUUAUUGGAAAAACAAAUAAAACCCUCAUAGUUUCUAAAUGAAAUCGUUGUUAUUUCGUUUUGCACGCUGGCGGGGCACGCUUUCUUUUUGAGAUAGUUUUCUUGAGAAUCUCUAAUAUAGAAUCAUUAUCAGGCACAAUUUUCAUUCAAAAUUCACUCAUAACUUGCAAAAAAAAGUAUUGUUCUAAGAAACAGAAUACUUACUCGAUUUAAAAAAGUACAUUUUCAUUCAUUAUUUUAAUUUUUGAUGAAUAUUUAUUCCAACUGCAAAUCUACUAUCAUUUUCAUUUCACAAAUUGGUAUACGAAGCUGCUGGCAAGGCGAAAUAAAUAAAAAAAAAAAAAUUUAAAAAAAUCUUUCAGACUGCCAUUUAUAGCAUCACAUACCUCCGGAAUUAUCUUAGCUAUGGAUGCUUUCGAGAUUCUAAAAAAAUAUCAAUAACAAUCUGAACGAUAUUCCAGAAAAAAGGCACAUCAAUGUCAUUUCUAAUUUCACUCUUGCAGGUACAGCAUCCCUCAUGAGUGUAUCUUGGCGUUGUAUUUGUGGAGCAAUUAAACCCAAUAGUUUUUCCACCUGUUCAGGUGUUAUUCUCAACACUGCUUUGUAAUCUCGGGGAUCCUCAUCGCAGAGUUCCUUCAAUAUUGUAUUUGUUGUUCCUUUUCUUUGCAUCCAAUUCCUGGCCCGAAUCCCUUUUUUCUUUCUGUUUUUUCGGAUAGUACCUUCAGUUCAAAGAAAUUCAGCACAAAGUAUGUAUUUUUAAUCACGAUCAGCUUCUGUUUCGCUAUAAAAUUGUGUAAUGAUACAUUCAACUGAAAACCUAAGAAGAAAACUGCCAAUAGAGAAAUAGAUUUCGGAUCAAUCAUCUGACAAAUUCGGACCUGAUUGCUGUUUCUGACUAUUUGAUGGACUUUUGAAAAAUCGCCUGGCAUCCCUGGUAAACCCGUGCCGUCAUAUCUAGUUUCUCGCCAACAGCUCACACUGUGUGAACGGACAAGGCGAAUAAACCAAUUGUCAAGCGAGUUCACCGGGUCAGUAGCUGCUCAUUGACAAGUCAGCUACUAGCAACGUAUAAAUGGGCCUUUAGGAUAUACUUCUAGGCGCCUUGGCUCGCUCCUGAUCAGUCUGUCUCUUUCACGCUUCAAGCAAAUAAUUUCCCUUCCGCUUUCUUCCGUACUGUUUUCAUAUACCGCUCCACUAACCAACUUAGUGACAAAACCGCCUCACCUUAGGAUAUACUUCUAGGCGCCUUGUACACGAUUGCAUCAUUUGACCGUGUUGUGACAAUUCCCAUCCAUAGUGAUAAUUUGUGUAUUCUCGAGUUGUGAAAAUGUCUUCAUCGGAGGAGAAAAACAAAACAGUUGUUUCGCUGAACGAGAUGGAUUCCAGGACCAGAGAUAAACUGCUUGACGAGAUUACGGAAAUGAAAGGUCUUCCAACACCAACGUUUGGCCUUACUGCUCUUGGUUUACACCCGGUAGGGAUGAAAUUUCCUGCUGAAGCUUCACCGACGGAAUCGAUACAGAUGUUGAAUGCUCGCGGGAUGCCUGCCCGAAUUAGGAAGAAAAACAAGUUGUUCUUUGAUGAUGACUUCGUAAUCGACGACGAUGUUUCUAUCGAAGGUAGCCCAACAGCUUCUUUCCAGAAAGGAUUAGUUGCGCCGGGAAAGAAAAUGAGGACUUCACAAUGCGUUGAAAUAAAGGAUGGCCUGAAAAAACGGAAGGUAUAUCCGGACGAGGACCUAACCGCGUUGUUGGACAAAAAAACCAGUCAGGAGAUCGGGCUCAGGUUACGGAAUUUAUUGAAGCUACCGAAAGCGCACAAGUUUGUCGGUUUCGAAUGGUUUUACAGCAAUAUUGACCGGGUUUUACUGGAUGGGGAAAAUGAUUUUCAGGUGUGUCUCACUGAUAUGUAUCCAGUUUUGACAAAGCGGUUUUUGAUAAGGCCUGUAUGGAACAAAAUCCGGAAAACGAUGGGUAAAGCAAGACGAUGUUCGACUGUUUUCUUUCAAAAGGAGAGGAAAGAGUUGGGACGGAAGAGACACAAAAUUCGUCUAUUGCAGACUAAGCGCACGGGAGAUAUUUCAUUUGUCCGUGAUUUACCGAAGGAGAUUCCACAACCUCUUUCCGUCGGUACAAAGGUGACUGCUAGGCUUCGCGCACCUCAGGAUGGGUUAUUCACUGGGACAGUUGAGGCGAUCAAUAUUAUAUUGAGUUCAUAUAGAAUCAGCUUUGACCGGCCCGGUUUGGGAUCACGCACUAUUCCCGAUUUUGAGGUCGCUGCUAAUGAUAUUCCGAUGAAAAUUGUGCUCAAAACAAUAACAAAGGACUUUCGGUCAAGAUAUCAAAAGGCUUCGUACUAUGUUACCUCGUUUGCGCAACAAAAUCCGUCAAACGGGAUCAAGAACAAUCCGUUGCUCGCAGGGGACUGUUUUCCCAAGAUACCCGGAACGUCGAAGAGUAAGAUACUUCUCCCGAAAGACAAUACCGACCGGUUUUCGAUUAAAAUGCUCGAGCUAAUUGUUCGAACAAAAAAUAUGCUUUCCGCUAAACAAAUGAAGUUACAACGGUUACAAAAUAUGAACUCGGAGGGGGAAAUUUACAAAUCUUGUGGCAAUCCAUACCCAGAAGAAUUUCAAAAGCGUUACUUAUCGUCGAUUACAGCGAUAGAGAAUCUCAACCGAAAUAUUUACGAGCUGCUCAAUCAAUUACAGACUAGUUGUAGAAACUUAACCCGGGACCAGUACGCGAUUGCGAUGAUAGCUCCUGAUCGUUUGAGAGAACAAUGUCGACUGCAGGCCGAAGAAACCUUUAACAGCAACAAUAAUGGACAGUUGAUGAAUGGCAGAAUUAUCCAGCUGAUUAAAAACCUUACCACAAUCAUGUACGUAGCAUCCAAUCUGGGGACAAACGAUCAGACUGAGCAUUGUAUAGAAGUACUCAAAAAAAGUAUGGAAGAAACAAAAAGUCGAUUAGAUUUCGACAAUAUGGUUUCUUUUCAGCGAAGAGUUCAUCAUAAUAUGGAGCUUUUUACGGCGGGAUUUACAGCGGCUCACAAACAAACCUGAAUACGAAUCAAACGAUCAAGACCUCUAUGAAUAUUUUGCCUAGACAUCUAUUUUUCCAGAACUGUUUGUUCCGAAUUAUCGAAUAUUUUUUUCUAUAUUAAAUUUAUACUGAAUACGCAGCAGUAAAUAAUCCAAAAAACUACAUUGUGUAAAUCUUAUUCUACUAGAAGUUCUGAAAAGAUCACCCAGUAGAGGGGAGUUUUGUUCUCGUUAAAUUAAAAACGUUAAAUUGUUUGUGACGCUUAUUUGAAAAUUGUAUUGCUUGGUGUGGACCUGUGAAGCGAUUUGUGAUCGGGGCGCGUUUAAAUGCAAUUAAAGUCAAUGCCCCACGGAAGGAUUUCUAUGAAAACUGGAUAACAGUUGUCUGUUAAGAUUGAAAAUUUGGGAAGGUUAA